UGGAAACAUUUGCCCAGUUUCAAGUUGACAAUCGAGUGAAUCGCAAUGCGAUCGUUGGCGAAGCGGAACUUUUGCUUCAGCUGCGUUUUAUUGCUGCUUUCGUUUCUGUCUCAAUCGCAAUCAGAGUCCCAGCAGCAGCAACAUCAUCGCGUGAAACGCAUUGUGGGCGGCAAACAGGCCAAGGCACCGCCUGUCGAUGAUCCGGUUGUGUUUGCACGUCUCUUCGAGCGAGACACGCGAGUCGAGGGCAUUCGCAAUCCCAGCACGGGCAUCUACAGCUUCCUGGGUAUGCACUAUGCCGAGCCACCGGUGGGACAAUUGCGCUACGCUCGCCCCAUCUACAAGCGACUGGGUGGCGAGCUGAAUGCCACACGCCACGGGCCGCCCUGCAUGCAACCGCAUCCCCAGCAGCCGCAUCGCAUCAUCGGCGAUGAGAAUUGCCUGCUGCUCAACGUGUAUACGCCCCAGAUGCCCGAUGAAACAACUGGGCUGCCUGUCUUUGUCUGGAUCCAUCCGGGUGGCUUUCGCUACGGUUCCGCUGCCCAAUACGAUGCCACGCCCAUGGCCCAACAGGGCGCUAUUGUGGUGGCACCGCAGUAUCGUCUUGGUUCGCUGGGCAUCAUGGGCGAUGGCACAAAGGAGUUCGAUGGCAAUCUGGCCAUGUUCGAUCUGUCGCUGGCAUUGCGUUGGGUCAACGAUUACAUUGCUAACUUUGGGGGUGAUCCCAAGCAGGUGCAGGCCAUUGGACAUGGUUCGGGUGCUUCCAGUGCCAUGUACUUGGCCAUGUCGCGCACCGCACGCAGUUCGAGUGAGGUGAGCGGUGUGGUUGCCAUGUCAGGGACUGCUCUGUCUCAAUAUGCCACCGACAAGGAGCCGGUUCAGAGCGUCCAGGAGGUGGCCAAGAUCAAUGGUUGUCCCGCGGCCAAUGAGCUGGAAAUUGUCAGCUGUCUGCGUGCGAAAUCCGCCAUGGACAUCAUCAAGAACGACGACAAAGUGCAAACGGAACGUCUAGCUGGCCGUGCUUUGGUCAAAGGACUCACGGGCAGCGUUGGCUUUCAGCCGCACACCGAGGCCGAGGACGACAGACGCGCCUUGCCCAGCUUAAUCAUUGGCGAACCGGAGCAGCAACUGCGCAACAACAACUUUACGGGAAUUCCACUCUUGACGGGCGUAACCAAGCACGAGACAGCGAACUCUGUGACUGUGGACACGCUGAACAAAGUCUUUGGCUCCGCGGAGAAAUUCCUCGGUUCACUUGGCGGUGCGCUGCAACAGUUGACGGGAUUUCUGCGCAUCGAUAAGCUAACUGGGGAUAUUGCCAAGCCCGUGCUGCCAGGGUUAAGUAAUCUGCUGACUCCUACGCUGCAGGAUCUGUGGAAGGUGCCCGAGACACUGAAUGUGGAUCAAGUGCUCGAUAAAGUAGUGGAAUCCACCACAGAUGUGUUGUUCAAUCUCCCAGCUGUGCUGACUACACAAGUGUGGUCCAAGUUAGCUCCCGCUUAUAUGUAUAGCUUCGAGUACAACGGCACCAAGUCGAAGGGCAGCACAUUUCUUAAAGGCUUGCCCAUAGUAUCGGAGCAGGCACACGAUAAACCCGAGACGGUGGCUCAUGGUGAUGAGCUGGGCUACAUGUUCGAUGCUAACGAUAUCUUUGGCAAUCCGCUGCCCGAAACGCGCCUCAGCAGCGCUGAUGAUCUGCAAGUGCGUCGCAAUCUCAUUCAAAUGUUGCUACAGUUCGCCAAGCAGUCAAAGGGAGAGGAACAAAAGAAUGACAUCACUUCGAAGCUCUUCCAGAGCGUCACAGGCGGAGGCACGCCUUUCAUCAAGGUGUACACCGAACUGGAGGCGGCGAGUGAUUUCCGUUUCUGUGAACUCUCAUUGAUGGGCGCUUCCCUUUCGCCUCUAACCUCGACGAGCUGCGCCGCAUUGGGCGGACUUCUGGGUGGUCUUGGACAGACUCUCGGUGGCGUGGGCAACCAGCUGGGACUUGGCAAUGUGGGCGGCAAGCUGGGAUUGGGCGGAGGAGGAGGCGGAGGAGGCAACAAACGUGGUGGCGGAUUCGGUUUGGGGCUGCUCUAAGUUUGUGUUAGUGUGCAUAUUGAAUAAAGCCGUUUGGUUCGCAUUGAUAUAAGCUGUUCUGGUUGCCAUGACCCGUCGCUCAAUUAGCACACAGUUCUCUCCCUCGGUCGCGCUCUCGGGGGGGAAAAACUGGCACUAAUCUCUCUAUUGACUUUGGUCUUCCGACCAGCAGUCACUGAAAUGCGCCGAUAAGCAAAUUUCCGGCCAAACCGCGCGGCAAAAUUUAAACAAAAAGCGACGCGUACACAAGUUUUAAAACUUCCUAGCAUAAUACACAAGGGAAACAACAACAACGAGGACGAGAACGGGAACGAGAACGAGAAGAGCAACAACGUUGGCACUGGCAACCCAAGUGCAAACAAUGAGCAUAAGCUUCAAGUGAAAGUUGUGAAAGUCGUGGGGAGAGCGUCCGUACGGACUUGUCUGCCUUGGGUUGCCUUGACGCCUUUGUGUAAAUUCCUUGCUAUGGCCAAAAAGCCAAGAGCUAAGAGCUGAGAGCAAAACCGGCUUACCUACGACCAGAACUCGGCAUUGUAACUGCUCUUUCAUGUGAUGAUAUUAUUAUUAUUAAUAUUAUUAAAACUAAUUUCAUAAAUUGAAACUGCCCAGAGAAUGUCAUCUGAAGUUCUCCGUGGAGGCGUUAAGCUCUCAGCUCUCAGCCCUCAGAUUGGACAGCUAUUUAUAGACGGAGAUUAGAACAUAAUAAAACUGCGUCCAUUAAAGCAGAAAAUUCUCUUUUAGUUAAAGUUAUUCCUUGGCUAACAAUUCGCGGAAAUACUUUCUCGAAUGUCGCAACUUUGAUGUAUUAAUCAUUUGCGAUUCAAAGACGCGACAUCUGUGACAAUAUUAAUGGGCCCAUUUGGCUUAAACAAAAAACUUUACAAUUAAUUAGAGUCCAACGGAUGACAAAUGAUAAUUAUACAAUUAUAAGCCAGUUGUAGUUGUGCCAUUCCCUGGCCAUAAAUAGAAGAUGUCUCCAUAACUGGUUGAGCACUUUUAAUGAUGCUAAUAAAAAUUGCAAAUGGCGCAAGAAAGUAACGUGAAAUUUGUUUCACAGGCAUAGAAGCAAUAAUCGCACAAGUUUCUCUACUCUACUCUUAACUACCAAUGGCAUAAUAAAUGAUCAGCGGCAAUGAUGCGGCUAUAUUUGAAGAUGGUGGUAAUCAAAAGCAUGCUGCAACUUACCCUUACUUUUAAACACACAGAAGCUGUGUGGCACAUGGUCACAGUGGAAGUGAUUGCGUAAAUCCGUAAGUAUAAAACACUUCACAAAUCC